GGGCGCACGGUGGACCUGAGCAGCCACCUGGCGAAGGUGACGGCCGAGGUGGUGCUGGCGCACGCCGGGCACGGCGGCGCGGCCUCCCGGGCCUCGUCCUUCCUGCUGGCGCUGGAGCCCGAGCUCGAGGCCCGCCUGGCGCACCUGGGCGUGCAGGCGAAAGGGGAGGACGAGGAAGAGAACAAUCUAGAAGUGCGGGAAACCAAGGUCAAGGGCAGAAGGUGCGGCCCGGUUCUGUACGGUGAAGCUGCCCGCCCCGCUGGAAUCCCGGGCUCGCAGGGUGUCGCUGGUGGUGGAGGCGUGUACACCACGCGCCUGCGGCCCUACGCCGACCACAUCAACCGCAGGCCGAGAAGCAGUUCCGUGGUGUUCGAGGCCGUGCUGCGCGCGCGUGUAGCACCAGCAGGCGCCGACUGUGUGCUGUCACCGCAGGCCGUGCUGCGGCCGCCGUGUACACAGCAGGCCGCCGACUCAGGCGCCGACUGUGUGCUGUCCCCGCAGGCCGUGCUGCGCGCGCACUUCGAGAACAACAGCCCGUUCCUGACGGUGACGGGGCUGGCGCGGGCCAUCGAGGUGUCGCACUGGGGCAACGUGGCGGUGGAGGAGAGCGUGUGGCUGCGGCACUCGGGCGCGGCGCUCAAGGGCCCCUUCUCGCGCUACGACUACCAGCGCCAGCCCGACAGCGGCGCCGCCUCCGUGCGCGCCUUCAAGACCAUCCUGCCCGCCGCGGCCCAGGACGUGUACUACCGCGACGAGAUCGGCAACGUGUCCACCAGCCACCUGCACGUGCUGGACGACUCGGUCGAGAUGGAGAUCCGGCCUCGGUUUCCCCUCUUCGGCGGCUGGAAGACGCACUACGUCAUCGGCUACAACCUGCCCAGCUACGAGUACCUCUACUGCCUGGGUGACCAGUACGCGCUGAAGAUGAGGUUUGUGGACCACGUGUUUGACGAGCAAGUGAUCGAUUCCCUGACCGUCAAGAUCAUCCUGCCCGAAGGGGCCAAGUGAGUCAGCCCGCGCCGUCCUUCUGCC